AGUUUUUCCUUGUCCGAUGUGAGGGUCAGAGGACAGAGGCUGUCGUAUUGAUAUUCUCUACAAACUGUAAAGUCCACUGAGACGAAAGUAACAUUGAUUGAUUGAUUUUGUCUCUCUCAGAUCCACCGCUGUCGAGGAGGCAUCACCUUCUCCCUGCUGACGGCCUGGUUGCUGGGAGCGUAUUCCUCUGACAUGCACAUCUCCACCCAGCGUCACUCCAGAGGAAACAAGCUGCGGAAACUCAUCCUGUCCGACGAGCUGAAGCCCUCUAGCCCUCCAGCUGAUCCUCACCGCGGGGGGUCUGUCUCCGGCAGCCCCUCUCCGUCUCAUCGCCGCUGCCACCGCCGCCACAACAGCAACAACAACGUGGACUCGGCGUCUCCGUUUCCCCCCCCAGAGAGUCCCGUUCUGGGCGAGGGGGAGGUGUUCGUCUCCCCCUCCAGGAAGACCCACCAGAGGUCAAAGUCUGAUGUGAACACAGCCAGCAGUGGGUUUGGAUCUGGCCUCAGGAGGACAGGAAGUAACCCCAGAGUGGAGGCCGUGCCGGAGGAGCUGGAGCGUCUUCGGCCUCAGAGAGAAUUGGUAAAGUCUCUGCUGGGCAUCGGGAGGCGUUUGGCGACGCUGCCGACCAAAGAGCAGAAGACUCAGCGUCUGAUCUCUGAACUCUCGCUGUUGAACCACAAGCUGCCCGCUCGAGUCUGGAUGCCCACGGCUGAGAACCAGCAUCACGUCGUCAGGAUCCCAAACACCCAGGCUGUGGUGCUCAACUCCAAGGACAAGGUAACACCGUUAGCUUAGCAUAGAGACAAGGGAACACCGUAAGCUUAGCAUAGAGACAAGGGAUCACUGUUAGCUUAGCAUAGAGACAAGGGAACACCGUUAGCUUAG